AUGUCAACUGAUGAAUUAGAAAUCCUACGACGGCCCAUUGGUGAACUAAUAUCGAUCAACUCAUUUUUCUCAACUACUCUCAAUUUAUCUGAAGCGUUGGCAUUCCUAAAUCGGUCCAUCAUUUCCAGUGAUUUGCAUCGUGUAUUGUUUGUUAUUGAUGCUAAUCCAAAGGUAGUAACAUUCAAGCCUUUUGCUGAUAUCAGUGAAUUCAGUAAUUAUAAAGGUGAACGCGAGAUACUUUUCAUGAUUGAAUGCAUCUUCCUUUUGGUUGAUAUUCAUCUGUUAUCAUUGGCCAAAGUGUUGCACAAUAUGGGAAGGAUAGAUUUAGCAGAGAGGAUGCUCAAGCGUUUACUGAGCGAACUUCCGUCGAAUGAUCCAUCACUUCAACGUGUUUACUGGCCACGCGGCCUAGUCACGAAAGACAAGGGAGAUUAUGACGAUAGUCAGGAAUGGUUUAAUAAAGUAUUAGAGCUUUACAUAAUUGUAUCAGUAGCUAUGUCGUACAACAACAUGGGAUUGGUAUAUACCGUUAUCGAAGAACAUGACCUUGCUAUGGAGCAUCAUAAUAGAGCGGUUAAAAUUCGGCUGAAAUGUCUCCCGCCUCAACAUCCAGAUAUAGCUAUGAGCUACAAAAACAUUGGCAGAAUACAUGAACGGAACGGUAAGUGGUUGAAAGCACUAGUUAAUUAUGAAAAAGCUGCCGAAAUCUAUUACCAUUCGUUACCAGCUCAACAUUCCAAUGUAAUACAAAUCAACUAA